AACACUUACCCUUCCGAUACGUGUUAUCAGUCCACAUUAUCCGAGUCAAUGUGAGAGGAAAAUGUAGGUAGGUGACCGAAUUACGCGAAUUUUUCAAUACUGUUGUACGAUGUCUAUGAUUAUUUUACUCGAAUUAUGCGCUAUACUCGUAUUUUUUCCAGACAUCAGCAUAACUAAAAGGAUCAGAACAACGUAUCAAUUCAAAAACCAGGAUAUUGUAAGAAUAUAUAAUGCUAGUCUAUCCGUCCCUUCAGAUGUUCAAAAUUACGUACCUAUUUACGAAGCGAUGACACCCCCUCCUUGGGGCGAGGUUAACAUCUCAGAUAUAUUUUGGAAUAAGACCAUAUCCGAAGAGCCUUUAAUCCCUGCCAGUGAAUUUCAAAAACAACCGCGUUUCACCUGGGAAAGUGACUCGAACAAAUCUUAUUUAUUUUUCUUAUCUCACAUUAAGGUUGAUUUUGAUGUAUGGGGUUACUACCAAUACCAUCAUUGGGUAGUCGGUAAUAUUCCCGGUUGUCAAAUGGACAAAGGAGAAGAAAUAAUCCCAUAUCUUCCACCGAUCGGACAACAUGGACUUUGGCGCCCUAAUUACAGAUUAGUUGUAUUUCAACAACCUGGUUACAUCGAUUUUGAAGAAAAACGUAACAAACCGAAUCGAAUUUUCACCACCGUCGACAAAUUUAUCGCCAAGUAUAAAAUGACUGAUCUUGAUAACCUAGUCGCCUCACGUACAUUUUUCGUAGACGACGAUAAUGGAGCAACAACUCCAAAAGCAGAAUAGUGAGUGAAAAAAAUCAGAAUUUUCAAGAAAUUGGGAAACCCACCGAGACUUUGAAGUUUGAAAUAACUGACAAUUUAAAACGAUGAAUUUUGGUCAAUUAUUGUUACGAUUCCAGAAAGACUUUUAUAAAAAUUAGUUAUAAGGUUUACCAACAUAAUGAAAAAAAUAUAGGGUUUGAAUCAUUUUUUAGAAA